AUGCAAUCUGCUGUUGAAAAGCUUCGCAAAUAUCGUGACGAAAAUUAUCGUUCACACGAUGAAAUAAUUGAAAUAUGGACACAUGUUUUAUCUAAUCGUAAUUUAUCAUCAUUAGGAGAUGAAAAAUGGUUAAUACUUGAACAAAUCUUUAAAUCAGCUUUACACUGUUCAAAACAAUCGAUUGCUCGUCAAUGUUUCGAACAAUUAGAAAAAAAAUUUAAAAAAACAAGUCGGCGUGUUACAACAUUAAAUGGAAUGUAUUUUGAAUCUAUUGGAGAAUUUGAAAGAGCUGAAGAAAUUUAUUCACUAUUAUUAGAAGAUAAUGAAACAGAUGCUAUCGUACGCAAGAGACAAAUAAGUCUUUUAAAAGAACAAAAUCAAAUACGAGAAGCUAUCAGCCAAUUAAAUUCUUACUUAGAACUUUAUCAAGCUGAUCAAGAAGCAUGGAGUGAACUAUGCGACCUUUAUUUAUCGGAACAUGAUUAUACAAAAGCUGCAUUUUGUGCUGAAGAACUUCUAUUAAUCAAUCCGCAUAAUCAUCUUAAUCAUGAACGUUAUGCAUCGAUUCGAUAUUCUCAAGGAGAUUAUGAAAAGGCUCGAACUUACUAUUUUAGUACAUUAAAAAUAAAUCCUACAAAUAUUCGUGCUUUAUAUGGUAUCAUUUUAACAUCAACAAAUCUUGCUCUUAAAACAUUAGGAACAAAUUCUAAAAUACAAAAUUCGAAUGAAAAUAACCAAUCAUUGAAUGAACAAAUGCAAUGGGCACGUGAACAAAUUAUGCAAAAAUAUAUAGAAACUACUCCGGAUCUCUUACCCAUCAUUGAAUCAGCAAUACAAAGUUUAACACUAUAA